AUGCCUCGCGCAACGCCCUCUUCGCGCUCAAGACGUCCAUUGAGAGAAUUGCCACUCGCGGAGUUUCUCUCCUCAGACUCAAAUGUGUCGGACGCGACUCCCCAUCGCAAACGCGCCCAUUCGCCCUCAUCCGUCCUCUUCAGCCCUGCCAAACGCCGUAUUCUCGAGUCGGAGGGUAUUUUUGUGGGGAUGGGAUCACCCGCCAGACUCAGAGCGCUGCCUGUUCAUACGAGCAGCCCCAUCAAGAAACCCGACUUUGGCCUCCCCAAGAAUUCGCCGGUGAAGAAGUUACCACCCAGUACUCCUCGCUCAGAGACGAUCGAACCCCGCGUUACGCGUUCGGCGCGUCGUCGAGCCUCUGCAGCAGCAUCACCAGCUUCGUCACCCACUGUUGUCCAACCAGAGUCAUCGAGAACAGAAUACUCGAUUGACCCACAUUCUAUCCACUACCCCGGCUUUGUCGUUCAUCAGGACCCAUUCCUUGUCACGUCAGAAUCUGUAGCCCAGGCCAUCGAGUCAGCACUGGCUUCACUGAAGAAAGACGAGUACAAAGAAAAUGUGGCACCGCGUAAAAGAGCUCGUCCAAGCGAGAAAUCAGCCACACCUGAUCUCAAACUUCGUACUCGUACUUCGCCUCGCACUCCCAAAACCGCUACUCGUGAUCGCUCCGCGAGCAUAACCCCUACUCGUCGUCAUCCUGAAGUUGUGAGCAAGUUUGCGACACCGAAGCUGGAUUCGGCUGAACGUCGUGAACUGCGCAGACGGUUGGAAGACGAAGUUGACGAAUCUUGA